AUGAAAUUCUUGAUUGUUUUUCAAAGACUUGCAAAGGGUCAGGGAUCAGAGGUCAAAAUCGCGGUGUCGGUAUGUGUUUUGACACUAGUGAUGCUGCAUUUUAACUCGUGUUUUGGUGGUUCGAUUCUUGUUGGGAUUUUCGUAUUGAUAUGUGGGAUUCUUUUUGCAGCGCCAUCGCUUUACGGGAUCUUUCCUUAUGCGGGGUUGAAGUUUUACUUCUAUGAGGAGAUGAAACGCCAUGUCCCAGAUGAUCAGAAGAAAAAUAUAAUGGUGAAUUUAGUGUGUGGAUCUGUAGCUGGGUCCAGAGGCUUGGCGUCCAACAGUCCUGAGUUGAAAGGAACAAUGGAAACACUUACAAUGAUUGCAAAAAAUCAAGGGUGGAAGCACUUAUUUUCAGGGGCUGAGCAUCAACUACCUCAAGGUUGUACCAUCCGUGGCAAUUGGUUUUACAGUUAUGACAUGAUGAAAUCAAGCCUGAGAGUUCCAUCCCAUGAUGAGGCUGUGAUAGAAGUGGUAAACAAAUAA